AUGGCUGAGGUAGACCCAGGCGUCGAGUCACAGGCCAGGCAUGUGGUCUACUGUGGAGGUGAGUACCCCUGGGGUGUCAAUCCAUCCAUGGAUUACUGUGAAUUUGGGGGCACGGCCAAGAAGUGUGAAGAGUGGCUGAAGGAUCAUCAAUCCGAUCUAUGGGACCAGUUAUACUCCGGAGAUGCGUUGAAUGCCAACUUGUCAACCCUGUCCGUCUCCGCCCAAGAGCGGGCCGCAAAGGACGCCGCCAAGAAAGAAGCCAAAGCAGCCCUGGUGGAGGCCCGUGAUGCAGAGCGGAAGGCUGCAUCGAGGAUUCAGAUUAAGCGGGUGGAACGGAACAAGCGCAAGCAUGUCACCGUCAUCACAGGACUGGAGGUUCAUGGCUUAGAAAACAAAAAGCUCGCCAAGGAACUGGGCAAGAAAUUCGCCACGGGUUCCUCGGUCACCAAAUCCGCAGCCGGGGUCGAAGAGAUCACCGUCCAAGGCGACGUGAGCGACGAUGUGCGCGAAUGGCUGCUGGAGGUCUAUGGCAGCAAAGUCCCAGAGGCCAAUAUCGAAUUGGUCGAGGACAAGAAGAAGAAGAGUGGGACUGGGGCGUAA